AACGGGAGGCGGAGCAGAGCCGACUGGGAGCGACCGAGCGGGCCGCCGCCGCCGCCAUGAACCCCGAAUAUGACUACCUGUUCAAGCUGCUUCUGAUUGGCGACUCAGGCGUGGGCAAGUCGUGCCUGCUCCUUCGGUUUGCUGAUGAUACGUACACAGAGAGCUACAUCAGCACCAUCGGGGUGGACUUCAAGAUCCGCACCAUCGAGCUGGAUGGCAAAACCAUCAAACUUCAGAUUUGGGACACAGCCGGUCAAGAGCGGUUCCGGACCAUCACCUCCAGUUACUACCGGGGAGCACAUGGCAUUAUCGUGGUGUACGAUGUCACAGACCAGGAAUCCUACGCCAACGUGAAGCAGUGGCUGCAGGAGAUCGACCGCUAUGCCAGUGAGAAUGUCAACAAGCUCCUGGUGGGCAACAAGAGUGACCUCACCACCAAGAAGGUGGUGGACAACACCACGGCCAAGGAGUUUGCAGACUCCCUGGGAAUCCCCUUCCUGGAGACGAGUGCCAAGAACGCCACCAAUGUGGAGCAGGCAUUCAUGACCAUGGCUGCCGAGAUCAAAAAGCGGAUGGGGCCUGGGGCAGCCUCAGGGGGUGAACGGCCCAACAUCAAGAUCGACAGCACCCCCGUGAAGCCAGCUGGUGGUGGCUGUUGCUAGGAGGGGCAUGUCGGGUGGGACAGGAGGGGGUGCCUCCAGAUGAUGCCCCUGAGGGGCCAGAGAUGCCUUCCCCUUCCUCCCCUCUCCGGGGCAUUUGAGUCUGUGGCUUUGGGGUGUCCUGGGCUCCCCAUCUCCCUCUGGCCCAUCUGCCUGCUGCCCUGAGCCCUGGUUCUUUCAGGGCCCCCAGGGGAGGACCCCAGGGCCUGUGCCUGGGGUGGGGUUUGCUCUGCGGCUGCCUCGAGGUAACUACCAGAUCCCCACCACACCUUUCUUUGGGAAGAGGGCUUCUCCGUCUGU